UUCAUUUUUCCUGGUAGUCACCUCCACCACAUGGAACCAGGUAACAAUACACAAUCUUCUGAACUUUUUCUUCUGGGAUUCUCAGAGGAUAUAGAAUUGCAACCCCUCAUCUUUGGACUUUUCCUCUGCAUGUACCUGAUCACUGUGCUUGGAAAUCUGCUCAUCAUCCUGGUCAUCAUCUCUGACUCCCACCUUCACACCCCCAUGUACUUCUUCCUCUCCAACUUGUCCUUUGUAGACAUCUGCUUCAUCUCCACCACCAUCCCAAAGAUGCUGCAGAAUAUCGAGAACAAGAGCAAAGUCAUAACAUAUGAAGGCUGCAUCGUCCAGGUGUAUUUUUGCAUAUUCCUUGCAGGAUUAGAUGACUUCCUCCUGACAGUGAUGGCCUACGACCGCUUUGUGGCCAUAUGCCACCCCCUACACUACACAGUCGUCAUGAACCCUCGGCUCUGUGAACUGCUGGUAUUGGUGUCCUGGAUGGUGAGUGCUAUGCAUUCCUUGUUACAAAGUUUAAUGGCUUUGCAGCUAACCUUCUGUACAAAGGUGGAAAUUCCCCAAUUUUUUUGUGAACUCAAUCAGAUGGUCCAACUUGCCUGUUCUAACACCUUUCUUAAUGACAUGGUGAUGUAUUUGGCAUCAGUGCUACUAGCUGGUGGGCCGUUUGCUGGUAUCCUUUACUCUUACUCUAAGAUAGUCUCUUCCAUACGAAGAAUCUCAUCAACUCAGGGAAAGUUUAAAGCAUUUUCCACUUGUGCAUCUCAUCUCUCAAUUGUCUUUUUAUUUUAUUGUAUGAGCCUAGGAGUGUACCUUAGCUCGGCUGCUACACACAGCUCACACUCAAGUGCAAUAGCCUCCGUGAUGUACACUGUGGUCACACCCAUGCUGAACCCCUUCAUCUACAGUCUGAGGAACAACGACAUAAAGAGGGCUCUGAAGAGACUAUGGAUAAGGAAGGUUGAUUGCAAUGUUACAGGUAGAUUUUCAAUUGCACAAGGUGCCAUUGCUCCAAACUCUGCAUUAUUCAAGGGUCAAAUCUUUCUUUAUGUAUAGCGUGUGUAUAUAUCUCAUGAUCAAAGAUGACUCACUAGAGAGCUUGGCUGCCUAUCCAGUCAUGUGGUUCAGUUCACAAUUUGUGCAAACAUGUUUGCCAAUAUCCUGCUUACCUAGGAGGAAACUGCAAUGGAAUAACUUUUUCAUAUAAUUUUCUGUAAUACAAUUAAAAAGCAGUAGUGAAUGCUAUCUUUAAAUAUCAGAAUCAAUGCAUAGUAUGAGAUUAUUGAAGUUGAUCUCAGUUCUAUAC